GCUUUUCGAGGUGUUUUCAAUACAUUUUUAGGAAUGAUGCUCUUUAUGGAUGUGGACAUGGAAAAACUCGGCCCAGUGAAACCUAAAGUCUUUUAUGGUAAAAACAAUACCCAUAUUAGAGACAUUCCAUCUGACAGUGAAGAUUCCAUAUUGCAGGAUGACAUCAAAGAGCCGGAUAUUCCAGUUGGGAGAAUAAUCCACCUAGACUCAGAUGAUAGCGACGAUGAUUCUCCGUAAGUCCAUUUGCUUCCAAACAUGGCCUCCAGCAGCAAAGCUUCUGAAUUGAAGUGGGCAAGUUCCACUACCCAUACUGAUGUACAAGGAACUCAAUUUCUCGGUAGCUCUCUACCUCCUCAGAAGUUUCUAGAGCUGGCAACGCCUUACAAAAAUUUUUAAUAAUGUCUUUUUAGACAAAGUUGUUUAUGAGAAAAUUUUGUACAGCACUCAAGUACAUCUCAAUAAGCCACUCCAAUUUUCGAAGGAUGAAUUGGAACGAUUUCUAGGUAUACCCAUAUGGAUGUCACUUAUGAAGCAGCCAAACUCAAGGCGGUACUGAUCCACCAGAAUCGACCAAGUGGCUGAUGUUAUACCAGUUAACCUUUCUGAAGAAAUAAAAAGAUUUCUUCAUUUCACUGACAACCAGAAGAUUACCACAAGCACAGAUAAAAUUAUGCCGGUUUUCAACCAGUUGAAAGUAGCUUGACAGAAGGUACCUUUAGAAGAAAAUUUGUCGUGUGACGGACAGAUUGUUCCAUUCAAGGGACGAAUUCCUCUGAAAACCUACAAUCCUAAAAUUCCCCAUAUAAGGGGAUAUAAGAUAUGGGUUUUGUCUGGCGAUCGCCUUCGUGGAAAACAUCUGGAAGUUUGUACGAGCCCAGCCAACCAUCCGUAAAAUCAUCGAGGUUCAUCAGGUGAGCUGAACUACGUCCCUUCUGUGUGACCAACCAUUGUGAGGUAGGAAGUAUCCACUUCCGUAAGAGAAACGAUCUGAGAACCUGUGAGCCACGUCCGAGGUCCCUGCAGCACGAGCCUAGAGAAACAGAGAGCUGCAAGAACCAGAGCAGUCUCCGUUAUGAAAAAUUUGAUUUUUCACAUAACGUUAGACAUUAUGCCGCGCAACAAAACCGGCAGGAAAAGGGAAGGCGUCAAUGCAUACAACAUUGAAGCAGCAGCUAAUGAUGUAGUAGUUAAUAACAUCCAGCUAAGACAAGCAGCUAGGAUACACAAUGUUGGUAAAACAACCUUAGCGCGACAUAUUCAGUUACAUCGAGAAUCUGGAAAUAGACAUUUUAAAUAUUCGGCUGCAGAUGAGUUAAAGCAAGGAGUUACAUCUGAGGAAGAGAAGGAGCUUGAAGAAUAUCUAUUAUUCUCAGCACGAUUGAAUUAUGAUUUAAACAAAAAUGAAGUAAGAGUGUUGGCCUACCACUAUGCCAUCGCCAACGACAAAAAGAUGCCAGAAUAAUGGAAGGAAGUGAAAAAAGCAGGUAGCGAAUGGCUCCGUUGGUUUUUAAAACGUCAUUUAACUUUGUCCCUAAGAAAACCAGAAGCGACAAGUGUUGGUCGUUCUACCAGUUUCAACAAGAAAAACGUUGGUGAAUUUUAUUCAAAACUUGCAAGUUGCCUGGAAAAUCAUGUUCUUACCUAAUAACAUCUACAACGUAGACGAAACUGGGAAUACUACUGUUCAUGCUCCUCAUCGUACUAUUGCUCCAAAAGCAGUGAAACAACUCAGAUCUAUGACUUCUGGAGAACGUGGUAUCAAUGUUACGAUGAUUGCUGCAAUAAGUGCUAUAGGCAAGCACGUCCCUCCUAUGUUGGUUUGUCCACGAGUGCACUUUACGGAACACAUGCUUAAUGGAUCUGCGCCAGGAACCAUUGGUGCAGCAAAUCCUUCAGGGUGGUCCAAUGAAGAAAAGUUUAUGGAAUAUAUGAAUCAUUUUAUAAACCAUGUUAAGCCUUCCAAGGAAAUCCCCGUUUUAUUGGUUUUUGACAACCACGAGAGUCACAUCUCCAUUCCCUUAAUUGAGCUGGCAAAAUCUCACGGGAUUGUCUUGCUUACCUUCCCACCGCACACCUCACAUAAAUUGCAACCAUCAGACCGCACUGUUUUUGGACCCUAUAAAACCUAUUAAUAUUUCUCUAUAUCAAGUUUCUGAAAUCAUUAGAAAAGCUUAUCCAAAAGCAUUUACGCAGCAAAAUAUUACAAAAGGAUUUUCUGUGACUGGCGUUUAUCCCUUUAAUCCAGAUGUAUUUGGAGAUGAUGAAUUCUUGAGUGCCUUUGUUGCAGACCGGCCAAAUCCUAGCACAGAGAUUGGAGAUUAGCACGAAGAUCAAAAUGCUGUUCAGUCUAGAUCAUCCAUUGAUUCAAUAUAUUUAGAACCUGGCCCUUCAAAAUAUUCAAAUUGUGGUAAACCUAAAGCUUCCAUGAGUGGAACUCAAAAUAACAACAUUGAUUAUACAUAUAAGCCCCCAGAUGAUAAGGCCAUACCCCAAAGCUGCCCCAAGAACUAUUAGAGGUGGGGAAAUCAAGGAUACUGACCGAGAUUCCAGACAAGAACGAACUAGAAGCCUAUACCUUUAAAAAAAGAUAAGAAAAUCCAAGGUUAAAGUAGAAAAAGUGACCAAAAACGUUUUACCUCAAGAAAGUCGCGAAGACGAGAUAUCUGAAAUACCAACGGCAGAGUCUAGCAGUGAAGAUGACAAUUACUUUCAACAACAAUGAAAUGGAGAUCGAAGAUGUUGAAAAUACUGCAUUAUUAGAAGGAGAUUUUGUACUUGUGGAACUGAAAGGAAAAAAUCUGUUCGGCAUUAUAUAGCAGAAAUAAAAAGAAUUUAGAGGAAGACAAAUUUGAAAUUGUGUAUCUAAAAAUAGUUAUAAAUAGUAACAAGUUUGUAAAGACCGAAGAAAUAUAUGAAAUCUGCAAUGCUGAUGUAGAAAAGAAGUUACCAAAGCCUACCCUAGUCGGUGGAUCAGAACGGCGCAUGGAGCAAUUGUAUUUUUCACUAGAUUUUAUGUCUUACAACAUGUGAAAUAAAUCAAAAUACGAAUAAACAUAUUUCUGUAUUA